ACUGCUCAUUCUUCGGCCACUAGUGCUGGGCAGUCCCCUAGCUUCUCUUACACUGCAUACCUGUGUCUGAGUACUCCUUUCAUCCGUCAGUCAGCCAGGGUCUGCAGCACGAACCCAGCAGCUGGUGCCCCGUGUGAGGAACUCAGCAACAGAUUGCGACAGAACCCUUGAGAACAAAGGAGACAGGAGGUGCUGCAAGACUCUGGUAGAAAAAUGAAGAGGGUCCUGGUACUACUGCUUGCUGUGGCAUUUGGACAUGCUUUAGAGAGAGGCCGGGAUUAUGAAAAGAAUAAAGUCUGCAAGGAAUUCUCCCAUCUGGGAAAGGAGGACUUCACAUCUCUGUCACUAGUCCUGUACAGUAGAAAAUUUCCCAGUGGCACGUUUGAACAGGUCAGCCAGCUUGUGAAGGAAGUUGUCUCCUUGACCGAAGCCUGCUGUGUGGAAGGGGCUGACCCUGACUGCUAUGACACCAGGACCUCAGCACUGUCUGCCAAGUCCUGUGAAAGUAACUCUCCAUUCCCCGUUCACCCAGGCACUGCUGAGUGCUGCACCAAAGAGGGCCUGGAAAGAAAGCUCUGCAUGGCUGCUCUGAAGCACCAGCCACAGGAAUUCCCUACCUACGUGGAACCCACAAAUGAUGAAAUCUGUGAGGCGUUCAGGAAAGAUCCAAAGGAAUAUGCUAAUCAAUUUAUGUGGGAAUAUUCCACUAAUUAUGGACAAGCUCCUCUGUCACUUUUAGUCAGUUACACCAAGAGUUAUCUUUCUAUGGUAGGGUCCUGCUGUACCUCUGCAAGCCCAACUGUAUGCUUUUUGAAAGAGAGACUCCAGCUUAAACAUUUAUCACUUCUCACCACUCUGUCAAAUAGAGUCUGCUCACAAUAUGCUGCUUAUGGGGAGAAGAAAUCAAGGCUCAGCAAUCUCAUAAAGUUAGCCCAAAAAGUGCCUACUGCUGAUCUGGAGGAUGUUUUGCCACUAGCUGAAGAUAUUACUAACAUCCUCUCCAAAUGCUGUGAGUCUACCUCUGAAGAUUGCAUGGCCAAAGAGCUGCCUGAACACACAGUGAAACUCUGUGACAAUUUAUCCACAAAGAAUUCUAAGUUUGAAGACUGUUGUCAAGAAAAAACAGCCAUGGACGUUUUUGUGUGCACUUACUUCAUGCCAGCUGCCCAACUCCCCGAGCUUCCAGAUGUGGAGUUGCCCACAAACAAAGAUGUGUGUGAUCCAGGAAAUACCAAAGUCAUGGAUAAGUAUGCAUUUGAACUAAGCAGAAGGACUCAUCUUCCAGAAGUAUUCCUCAGUAAAGUACUUGAGCCAACCCUAAAAAGCCUUGGUGAAUGCUGUGAUGUUGAAGACUCAACUACCUGUUUUAAUGCCAAGGGCCCUCUACUAAAGAAGGAACUAUCUUCUUUCAUUGACAAGGGACAAGUACUAUGUGCAGAUUAUUCUGAAAAUACAUUUACUGAGUACAAGAAAAAACUGGCAGAGCGACUAAGAGCAAAAUUGCCUGAUGCCACACCCACAGAACUGGCAAAGCUGGUUAACAAGCGCUCAGACUUUGCCUCCAACUGCUGUUCCAUAAACUCACCUCCUCUAUACUGUGAUUCAGAGAUUGAUGCUGAGUUGAAGAAUAUCCUAUAGUCCUGAAGCAUGUUUAUUAACUUUGGCCUAGAGUUGGAGCCACCCAGGGGAAUGAUCUCUGAUGACCUAACCUAAGCAAAACCACUGAGCUUCUGGGAAGACAACUAGGAUACUUUCUACUUUUUCUGGCUACAAUGUCUUCAUACAAUGAUAAGUAUGAUGAUUUGCUAUCAAAAUAAACUGAAAUAUAAUGCAAACCAUAAA